AUGACUUCACUUGACGUUCGCGACGUGCUCAACAUACCACAGGACGGAAGCGCACCACGGCCGUCGAAAAAGGGGAGACAAUCAGCCCCGCGCACGAACCUGAAGGGCCUGGCCAGAGAAGUCCAAAGCCUUGGCGGCGACAACCCUAUACCCAUCGUCCCCGAAACCUCUGUUUUCAAAAAGCGGCGACAGGCCAGCCGGAAGCCCGCUGCACGAUGGGAGCUGCGACAGUUUAGGAAUUCUGCAAGGGACGAUGCCAGCCUGAUCCUGCGGCACUGGUGUAGGAAGCAGGAUGUCAGCGGCGGUGGGAAUGGCGAUGCGCCGAUGGAAGGCACUGGGCAACCGCCACCCCCAAAGGAUGCCAUCGAGGACUCGGCAUUUGCCAAGUUCAACGUCAAGGUUGACGUGCCACAGUACAACGACGACCAGUAUAAUUCUAGGCUGCAGAGCGCAGAAUGGACCAAGGACGAGACGGACUACCUGUUGGAACUCGUCAGGGACUUCGACUUGAGGUGGCCUUUGAUAUGGGACCGAUACGACUAUAAACCUCCCCAGGCGGAGGGAGAUACGACGAAUGGAACCAGCUCGGCGGUUGUGUCAUUGACGUCGACGCGUUCAAUGGAGGACCUGAAGGCACGGUACUACGAAGUUGCUGCCAAGAUGAUGGCGGUUCAGAAGCCGGCACAGUACAUGACGAACGAUGAGUUCCAACUAUACGAAACGAUGCUCAAGUUUGACCCGGUUCAGGAGACGCAAAGGAAGAAGUUUGCGGCGAACUGUCUUACCAGGACAAAGGAAGAGGCCCGAGAAGAGGAGUCAUUGCUGCUCGAGGUCAAGCGUAUCUUGGCCAGGCAAGAGCGCUUCAAUGAGGAGCGCAGGGAACUGUACAACAGACUGGACUAUCCGCCAACCUCGGAUACCACCGACAUAAGCAGUUUCAAGACCAGCCAGGGAUUAAGCAAUUUGAUUCAGAACAUCGUCACUGCAGACAAGACCAAGAAGCGCAAGUCUCUCAUGGCGCCAGAGAGUGCCGGUGGUAUCGCUACCGCCGCCGCCGCCGCCGCCGCCGCCGCCGCUCCCACUUCUGCAGGCACGACUUCGAAUGCGCAGCCCGCAAGUGCCACGACUGAAGCCCGGCGUGAAAGCACUGUGGCAACACCGGCAGGGAAUCAUAGGGAUUCUAUUUCUGCUGUCGAGAAACCUGCCCCUGCUGAGGCGCCAGCAAAGGGAAGCAAGAAGGGCUCGGCUCAAACAGAGAGGCGCAAACUUAACGAACACGAAGAGCAAGUCUACGGUGUUUCAUAUCACGACCGACUCAGCUCCGGGCCGACGUUUCGCAACGAGAGGGUCAACAAACUCUUCUCUCAUAAGAGCAUGCAACAGCAGCAGCGUAUUACUAACGUGCUCAACGAGCUCGACAUACCAGCUCGCCUCGUCAUGCCGACCGCUGCCGUUACUUCACAGUUCGAGCAGUUGGUGCAAACGGUCACACAGCUCGUCGACCUGCGGAAACAGAUCGACAAGUUGGACGGCGAGAUCAAGGUCGAGCAGGCGCGCAAGACGGAAAGAGAAAAGGCGCAGGGUGUCGCCGCAAGCCAAACGGACGGGGCGACCGAUGUUUCCAAGGCUCCACCACCAGAGGGCGGCGACAAGACCACCGCUGCCCCCGCCAAAGCCGAUGGUGAGAAACCACCCUCUACCAAAGCCGACAAUGCUGCCGGUGGCGAGGCGAAUGGAGACAAUGGCAAAGCGGCCGCGAGCACCGAAUCAGAAUCUACCACAAAUGGGGAAAAGAAGAGUGCAGGAAGUGGGCAGGCGACUGAGGAGGAAGUAUCGACGAUAAAGGACGAGGAUGUUGCCGAUAAAGAUAAAACGACAAGCACCCGGCCUGGGUCAAGAGGUUCAAGGCCAGGAAGUCGAAACAAGCGCAGUGCGAGUGUGCUUUCCGCGGGCAGCGACAAGGGCAAGAGACAGAAACGUUGA